AUGAGGCCUCUGCUAGCUAAGCUGCUAAAGAAAGACAAAAUCGUCAUCAGGAAGAGUGAUAAUGAUAUCGACAGGUUCAGGAAACUUAAGCUCAAGCAGAAAGCUUAUGAAAAUUAUGUUAAAAAUGCUCCAAAGAAUGAACGGAUAGCUGACAUUGAUCCUCUAAUGCUCAAAAAUUACAAUCACGACAGAAACGAGCUCUUUAUAGACGCUCCUCAUCUUUUUAAGAGGAAGAACUAUUCUAAGAGCUGGUUUUAUUAUAUGCCACCGAUGAGGAAUGAUAAGAAGUUUGAAGUCAAUAAUAAGAGAAGAGUUAUUCAAAUACUGGUAUUCCUUUCAGCUCUUGGUAUUGGAUACACAAUAGGACUUAGACAUUCCAGUCCUAAGAAUAUGAGAGAGCAUGUAGAAGAGCUCGUGCUAGAGGAGCAAUUGUAUUAUCAUCUUAAAGGAUCAAAUGAUCCAGAAAAUCCAAGAAAGCCAAGACCUGUUUUUCUGACAUAUUAUUGCCCAGGAGAAUUAACAUCUAUUAACUAUAUGAUAGAGGUUGGUAAAGCAGCAGAAAAGCAUGGAAUUGAUCCUGAAGGAGUCAAAUUCAUGUAUGUAAAUUCUAAAACAAAUAUCAACUUUUUCUUGCAAAAGGAGACAAAAUCUAAGGGUCAGACAUGGGUUACUUACUCAGAGCUCAUACUCCCUCAUCAAGAAGAGGAGCAAAAAGAAGAACUUGAUAUCUCGAAUGCUCCAUUUUUACAAAAGAUGGCAAAGGAUAACAAUAUCAAAAUACCAGAGGAAGAAAAGAGCUCCUCCAAGAAGGAAGAUAAAGGUUUGAAAAAGAUUAAAUUUGAGACUUACGAAAGCUUCAAAGCCAGAAGUGUUGAAGGUAUCGAGGCCGUGUUGAUGGAACAUGGACUACUUGACCCUGUUUACAACCCUAACUCUAUCAUUUCAGACAGCAUAGAUUAUAAUAAGUUAGCAGAAUAAUAGAUUAUUGGUGAC